AUCCAUUUGAGUGGCCCCAAUAAUAUGUUCUUGAUGUAGUCAACAUGACCAAGGAAAUCCACAUGGGCAUAAUGGAAACUAUCAAUCUUGUACUCCAUAGUGGCAAUAUUAAUUGUGGUACCAUAGGCACAUUCCUUAGUAGCGAUGUUAAACCUGUCAUACUUUUUAAAGGUGCUAUUGCCCACGAAGGUAAGGGUCAUGGUCAGAGUGGUUAUGAAAAUGGUUUUGCCAUGAUCAACAUGGCUGAUCACCUCAAUGUCGACAUAGAGUUGCUUCUGCUCAAAUUUGCUACGAGUAGUACAAACAGUGAAAGUGCCUCGGUGAAGGUAAAUGGUAAUGAUGAUAAUGGAAUUGGUUGUAAAGAAAGGAUGAAGAAAGGUGGAAGAGAGGUGAGAAGGUGUUAGUUUUGUGAGUCUUGUGUAGAAAUUAGGCUGUGGUUGAGGUUGCUAGAGUGGAAAGAGGGUAUCUAAGUUUUGAGUAGGUUAUAGUUGUGGAUGAUGAGAUUGGCAUGAUGUAUUUUCACCAAAAUUAGGGUUUUGGGUGGUGGAAGUAGAUGAGAAUUAUCAUUUGGGAUUGGGAGUACAAAAGAAAAGAAGGGCUAAUUU